GAGGGCUUGUUAAGAGAAGCAGAAACAUGUCCUUUUUUCCAAUGAUCUGAGUCAUUUCCUCCAGGCUCUAGUGUGGAGAAACUCGGAGCUCAAGUACGUUAAGAGACUGAAGAGAAAGAGAAGAGACAAAGGCAAAGAGAAAGAGAGUAGAACAGAAACAAAAGGGAAGAAACCUCCUUUAGAGAAAGCCCCGGAGCCGUCCCUCUGCAGAGAGGCGACUGCGCCCCGGCUCACCUGCAAAGCGCCUGGGAAGCCGGCGUUCCUAACAUGCGCCUGCCGCUGCUCUUGUCCGCGGGCGUCCUGUUGGUCGCUCUCCUGCCCAGCCCUCCAUGCAGGGCUCUUCUAAGCCGGGGGCCCUUCCCGGGCGGCCGACAGGUCCCGCAAUCCCCCCAGCCCCUGGAUUUCUUCCAGCCGCCGCCUCAGCCCGAGCAGCUCCAGCCGCCACAGUCUCGUCCCAUUCUGCUCCGCAUGGGGGAAGAAUACUUCCUCCGCCUGGGGAACCUCAACAAGAUCCCUGCUGCCCGCUUCUCACCCGGCUCUUCGCCUCUUGCCGGGGGCAGCCGCCCCUUGUCCGACCAGGCGGCAGCCAACUUUUUCCGCGCAUUGCAGCAGUUACAGCUACCUCGGCGCUCGCUCGACAGCUCCGUUGGUCUCGCGGAGCGAGGAGGCGGCGAGAGCCCUCUCGAUGGCCACCAGGAGGCACUGGAGAGGAAGCGACGGUCCGAGGAGCCUCCCAUCUCCCUGGAUCUCACCUUCCACCUUCUCCGAGAAGUCUUGGAGAUGGCCAGGGCCGAGCAGUUAGCGCAGCAAGCCCACAACAACAGGAAACUGAUGGAGAUUAUUGGAAAAUGAAAUGCGUUUGGCAGAAGUGUUCCGCAUUUAGCACAAAAAAAUAAAAAUUUAAAAAUACAGCAUUCUGUACCAUAGUGCUGCUCUGAUAUCAUUUGUUUAUUUUUAUAUAGCUUGAAACAUAGAGAAUGUACAGGGAGAGAUUCUACACUCCUUAAUUAGCAUGCAGAGUGUAUACACGUGCAGUGACAACACAAUGUCAUUUGUAUUGUUCACUUAUAGUUUCCAUGUUCAGGUGUCUUUAUAGCUGUGUUAAAAAAAAAAAAAAAGUAGACCUAGGAGGAAGCAUUUUGAAGAAGCAGACGGAAAUCGCCCUAUUGUUUUUCAAGUAGUCAGAGCCAAAGAGAACACCAUUCGCUUGUGUAGUGGAUAAGAUGAAAUGUGUAAGCUC